UUCUAUAAUAUACCAUAAAAAUUAUAGUAUUUACAUUUAAAAUGUCAAAAAACAAAUUUGCUACACAUUAUUUUUGCGUAUGUAAUCAAUCUUAUAGCCAAAAACGUCAAGUACGGAAACAUGUUAGCCUAUGUAAAUAUGCCCAAAACCCUACAAAAAAAGAUUUGUUACAAUUGGCAAUUUCAAAAUGUGAAAUCUAUUCUAUAAAUGAUAAUCUAAAUGUUAAUAAGAUUCAGUUAACAGAACGAUUCAAAUGUGGAUGUGAAAAGCGAUUUCUGUCUAAAGGUGGUUAUUACAGACAUAUAAAAAAGUGUAAGCUACGUCCUGAACAACAAAUUGUAACUGGGAAAACUAAAUGUAACGAACCUGGAUGCUUAUUGACGUUCAAGUACAUAAGAGAUUUUCGACAACAUUUAAAUGAAAAACACCAAAUACAAUUUGAAGUUGAGGAAAAAAAGUUUAACAGUUAUGCUGAUUUUUUAAAUUGGAAAGUUAAGUAUGAAACAGAAACUCGCAGUUGCUUUUAUCAUCGUAAAAAUUUAACACGUAGUGGACGUAGAGUGGAGUAUUGGUAUUGCAACCGUUCAGGUAGUUACAAUAGUACAUUACAAAGUCGUAGGCGAAAGUUAAAAUCUCAAGGAAUUCUUAAAAUUAAUAAUAAUUGUACAUCUUCAAUAACAUUAACUGUAAAUAAAAUUGAUGACACUGUUCAAGCUAUUAUUUACCAUACACAUUAUGGACAUGAAGCCGAACUUGUACAUUUACGAAUUCCUAAAAGUGAUAAACAAGAAAUAGCUUCCAAAUUAUUACAAGGGGUUAACAUUGAAGAUAUAUUGACAUCAUAUAAAGAAGAUGGAUCAUCUAAACAAACUGAACGAAAACAUUUAAUAAAAAGAAGAGAUAUACUAAACAUUUCUAAAAAAUAUAAUGUUAAUAUUAUAUUGCCUAAAGUACAGCCAUCAAAAAAGAAAAAAAAUUAUGAACAUGACCAAAAAACAAUUUCACCUUACCUUCCGGAUUGUAUACCAAAUACAACUGUGGCUAACAAAAAACAUUUUAUUGCUUCACAACUCCCAUUAUCUCUUGUAAGCCUAAUUCGUAAAGAUGCUUGGAGAAUUUCUAUGGAAAAUAAUUUAGUUACAACACAUUCUUCAAAUAAUUAUAACCAAGAUAUUCAUGAUGUCACUAAAAAUGAUGUACUAUUAUGUUCUAGUGAUGAUUGUAAAUCUUAUUGUAGCUAUUGUAAUAUUUGUUACCAUGCAUACUCUUGUAAUUGCUCAGAUUAUAUCUCAAAAAAAAUUAUUUGUGAACACGUUCAUUUAACUGUACUCUUUCAAGCAAAUUCACAGAACUGUCAGUAUGAAAAUCACAUAGAAAGAUCUUUAUAUGGGAAUCAAGAUCAUACUAAGUAUACACAAAAUUGCAUAGAAUCUUCUAAAUCACUACCUCUUAAAAAAAAUCAAUCAGAAAACAAUGAAAUUUAUAAACAAAACAUGAAAGCAGAAAACCUUAAAAGUGUGAGACUAAGAUUAAAAAAAUUAAUGAUGGACACAUUAGAAAUAAUUGAUGAAUGCAAUAAUAGUGAUUUAUUAGAAAAUGUAGAGAAACAAAUAACUAAUAUGACAUGUAAUUUAAGCACAGAUAUAUUAGAAAAUACUACAAAGAAAAAAAAUGAAAUGCAAACAAUUUUACCAGAAAAAAAUAUUGAAGUUUAUUAUGUCUUUUAAACUGUAUUAAAAUUGUUUAUAAACAAUUGUUUAACUAUAGCGUCAAUAAGACUUUCAUUAUGUAAAUACAAUAAAUUUGGUGUUAUUUUAUACUUUGUAAAAUUUUAAUGUGCAAAUCCAUAAUAAUGUCACUUGAAUAUAUUAAAUGUAAAAGAAAAAAGGUUUUUUUUUUAUAUAUAUAUAUAUAUAUACUCGUAUAAUAUGU